CCCCUUAAUACAUUUACAGUUUCUCUGUCAUGACAAGACAAACAUACGACCUGGAGUAGGGUAGAAGUACUACAUCUGUAAUCAGAGAGUGGAUGUAUGCAUUCUAGUCACCAUGGUUACGAGAACAGCCAUCACAUAUCUGCUGUGCGUGACCGUCGUCUGCGUGAAUGGCUUCCUACCGAACAGGAUGAGUCCCAUGGCGUCUAAAUCUGACUUCACUCACCAGGACAUCACUGAGAUCGCCAUCUUGAGAUCCGUGGCUGAAAUGUUCGAGGAGACGUCAGGGAGGACCAUCAGACCCGGGGAACUAACAGGAAUACCCAACAUCACGACAAAGUCACUUUUUGACAAAUAUUAUGGAGGCUCUGUGUCGGAGAAGUUGUUCCAGGAGGCCAUCGAUGACAUCGUAAAGGCCAACAACAGAGUGGACCAGGACCACUACACGGAGGCUGCCUGGCACGUCAACGGGGAGGCCAUCAAAGAAGGUAACGACAAGAUCACGUUGCUACGGGAAACAGCCAUCAAUGUUCUAAACAAGACCAAUCCCAACCUCGAUGCGGCUCGAGAUCUGAUUGGUCAGUUUCUACACAUUGUCCAGAUGUUCUACAGCAACACCAACUGGCCGGAACUCAACGGGACAGCUGUCUAUGAAUCACUUGGUAUCCGCGGGAAGCCCUUGGUGGGUGUUGCUCCGCCCUCCCUGGAUACGUGCAGAUCAUGUGGAGGGCGGAGUGGAGUUUUCUGCACCGACAACCUUCUCGUCCAAAAUGAGUUGACCAGUGGCUACAGGAGUGGACAGGACAGAUCAAAGCCGAGCAAAGAUCCACAGACGCACCAGACUGGCAAAUGUAGUCACGGCGGCCCCCACGACACGUCCAGCACGACGUCUGCUGCUACUGGCGGCAUCAACAAGGACAGCAGCGACCCCAACAUGUCCCCCCACUACUACCUCCACCACCAGGCGGCAGAGGGCGCUAUGCGACACACAAAGUUCUUUUUGGAUGAUCCGGUUUAUGGAUUAAGGACAUGGGUAGGAAACACCACUUUCCGCGCGCUUUUCAAUAUAGCUGGUUCUAGCGACUUGGUGUUGGUCGUCGACACGUCUCACACUAUGGCGGAUGAUAUUCAGGCUGUGAGAAGAAAGAUGCAGGAAAUCAUCACGGAGACAGCAGGGACAAUAAAGCAGCCUGAAAGCUACAUCAUAGUCACCUUCAAUAACCUAGGUAACACAACCCACAUAUUUCAAUCCACCAACGGAACCGAAGUGAUGAAGUACCUCCACACCAUCCACGUCACCGACAUAGUUGGGAAUUGUCCUACGUAUGCCCUCACGGCUAUCCUGGCAGCUGCUACUGUGGCUAAGCCCAACUCUAAGGUCUACGUCUUCACGGAUCGUUCACCGAAAGAUGCUGACAUGAUCAAUUACGUAACAGACAUAGUGACCCACAAGAAGAUCAGUGUGUCUUUUCCCUUGACCGGCGACUGCAGCGGCCGGAGCAUGAGACAGACGGCGCGGCUCCGACCCCGGCGGUCAGCGGGGAUGGACCUGUACGGGGGGCUCGCUGCCUCCUCAGGGGGGUCAGUGUAUCACACGGAUAAGGGGGGCGUGGCUAAGAUGGCGGACAUCAUUAAGGAGUCAGUGACGACGUCAGCAACUACAAUCCUAAAACUCGACGUCGCGGCACCGUCACAGAACAAGGUGUUCGACAUCCCCGUCGACGCCACUAUUAAGGAGGUCACCAUCAAGAUCAUCGCCGGCACAAAGUCAGAACCAGUUGACACUCUCAAAAGCCCUUCUGGUACCCCGAUUCCAAUGAUACCAGGGACGUUUGCAACCACUACCGUCAAAGAACUUGGAGGAGGCGUCCGUCUCAUCAAGAUAAAGGCUCCCGAUCCUGGCGUGUGGCAUCUGACGAAGCAGGACAGUGUCAGCUGGGCCCUGGAGGUGACCGCACAGAGCACCAUCGACUUCAGCACCAAGUUUGUACAGACAAACCCCCUGAACGGAUUCCAGUAUGAGAUCACAGGAAGACCCAUUGCAGGUGAAAAGGCCACAGUAGUAAUCACCGUUCCAUCGAUAGACAAGAUAAAAGGAAUAGACAGAGUUGUCCUGACAGACAGUGCCGGAAAGUCGCUAGAUUCAUCUCCCUUGACUCAAGGUCGAGGUCGCGCAGCAUCCAUGUUCAAGGGAAGUUUCACCCUUCCCACAAAGGCGUUCCAGGUGAGCAUCACCGGCGCUGACAUCCUGCACUUCCCCGUACAGAGACUGGAUCCCACCCGGAUAACACCCAUUGCAAUCAAACUCGACAUCGGAACAUUACCGGGUUCCCUGUAUGUCGACGAAUCUCUCAAGAUUCCCUACACAGUGUCGAACAGGGGCGACAGCAAGACCGCCAUCAAGGUGGACAUUAAAGACGACCUUGGGUUUGCUGUCAACCCCACCGAAAAGACCUUCAAUCUUGACGGUGGCGCUAAUGCCACGGGCACAUUCACCAUCCACGCAGGGCACACAGACGGGGUCACCACAACGGUGACGUUGUCGGCGGAACCUGACGGCGUGUCGACACACAGUCCCCAGUAUGACACUCGCAGGGUCACAGUGGAGAAACACGUGGUGAAGAAAGUGGACAACACGACCCCUGAGUGUAACGUGACCUCGGUAACCGGAAGUUGCAGUAUGGCUCAGAUGGAUCCGUGUAGUUGUCACUUGCACACGUGGUCGGGGACGGCACAGUUCGGGGAUGUGGGUUUCGGGCUGUUCCAGAUCUCGUCCACCGUGGGGAAGACGGGCAACUUCAAGUUUGAAAACUUCACCCUUGGGCACACCAUUGACAAGGGGGCCAAGACGGCCUCUAUAGGGAGCGACUGCUGCGACCCCGUGUCUUACAUCAACGUGGUCGACAUGGCCAGCAACACAGCGCAGUGUACGUUUGACCUGGCUCCCGGACUCACCAAGCCCGUGUACGACUGUACGACGACGACUACAACGACGACUAUAGCACCAAGUACUACAACAACGAUGACUACAUCACCAAGUACUACAACUAUGAUUACUACAACAACGUCACCCACAACCUCUACACUGGCGUCCGUAGUUACCUCAGCGUCAGCAACCAAAGCACUUGGUCUUGCCAAGGCUACCACAGUUGGUUCUGCAGUCAGACAUACGGACCACACCCCACCAGUGUGUAACGUCACCUCCACGCACGGCCGUUGUAGCCCGUCCCAGACAUCUUCCGACGACUGUGACCAACACGUGUGGUUUGGAACAGUUCAAUUCGGAGAUGAGGGGUCAGGUCUGUACUUGGUCGAGUCCACUGCUGGUGACUCCAGCGUCCUCAACCACGACAAGUUCGCCGAAGGAGACACCCUUAGCUCUGGAUUGAAGACAGGAACCUUGACGUCCACGUGCUGCCACCCCCUGACGUACGUCGUCGUCAUCGACGUAGCCGGUAAUGAAGGGCAAUGCGAGUUUGACGUUACAGACACCAAGGUAACUGACGAACCUUAUGAGCUAUCCACAGGGGCUAUUGCUGGGAUCUCCGUCGGUGUUAUCGCAGCGGUGGUGGGGAUAGUUGUUGCGGCAGUCCUCAUCACCAAAUAUGGGAAAUGUUCCUCGGUGACCCCAUCCUCUAACACUGGCAGGUUCCGGACCACGGCGUGGGACUAAACGUCACGGACAACAUAUGGACUCAGGAGACGAGACAGGUUUCCUUACCGGUGAUAUCUAUAGUGUAUUUACAGACAUUUGUACUGGCGUGUGGCGAUGGAGUACUGUGUUUUAUCAUCAGUGAAUGGAUUCAUGAGGACAUUUCUACUUCCUGAUGGAACAUUUUCGUUUUCAAUCCUAUACUACUCAAAAUAAGUUAAGGAUAACCCGAUUCUUUCAUAUUACUAUAGUUAAUCUGUCACGAGUAGUAUAUUUGCUGAUGGAACCUUUCCGUUUUCAAAUGGAUAAAAACUUAUGUUUAGUCACUGGACGUUUAUCCUCAGAAAAUACAUGUAACAUAUGAAUUGUUUAUAUUAAUUGUUUCAGUGAAAUUAGUUAAUUCUAGAUGUGUAUGAGGUCACCCAAAGAAUAAUAAUACUAAAAUCCGGGCAACUUUUUUUUCUAAAACGUCCUUAAUUAUAUAAAAAUGUGUAUGUAACACACAUGUGUUUAUUUUUUAUGAAGAAUGACAUGUUUUUUUCUGUUUUAUUUGUCGCCAUAUGGCUGUAAUAUUGCCGAUGCGAUGUAAAGAAUUUACUCAUUUGGAGUCUGUAAUAAUUUUGCUGCCCCGUUUACUCAAGAUCUUCAGUAUUAUAAACAUACGUACAGCUAUCGAUUAAAUCAUCUUGUGGAUAAUGACGAGCUUACUAUGACAACCACGUGUUGUUGUCCAGCCAGGAAUUAAAGUAAGUGUAUAGCCAAUGUACAUAUGUGAAUAUCUAUUUAUUGAGUAUACUGUGAUAACUGCAACCUUGAUUUGCUUACUUGUUUUACGUAUUUAUUUCGUUGUAUCUUUCUAAUUUGUUAAAUACGUUCAUCUUCAGUACUAAAAUUCUCUCUCAAGAAUUGUUUGUCCUUUGUGUACCAGGUAUCUCGUUUGAAAAUAAACUU